AUGAAGAGCUCCCUAGCGCUGCGCAAUGGCGCUGCGACAGCACUUGUCAUGACAAGAGGCGGGACAAGAGGGUUGAGCUCUAUACGGAAUGCUGGCUGUUUGAGAAGAUCUUUGACUGGAUGUGAAGGCUAUGAGAUACCUUCCAAGUCAAUAACUGCGUCCUGUUCGCGGCAAUGGCCUCUCCACAGUGAGUCUCCAUUGUCCUGGUUGAUAUUCUAGCUAAUGUUGUAUACUAUAGAUAGAAGAAAUCACACAUCCACGACCUCAAAACCAUGGCACACAUCCCCAGCCACGCCUCCAACAGUCCAUCCGACAAAACAAGUUCCUCUCCCCGAACAACUGCGCUCUAUAAUGCGUCUCCUCCCCCACAGUGUGGUGGUAUGCACAUCCAACCAACCCGGCGAUGGCCCACGAGCUAUGACAAUGUCAUCGUUUACCUCUCUUACCCUUACACCGACGCCUCUUGUCACUUUCAACAUCGCAAUACCGAGUAGAACGCUAGAUGCUAUAAAAGCAAGCGGGGAGUUUAACGUACACGUUCUCUCCGGGGAUGAGCGGGGCGCAAGUGUAGCGAGUCACUUUACAAAAGGCAAUGUUGGCGGGCAUGCAUUUCAAGGGCUUGAUUAUAAUCAGAACGGUGAUGAAGCACCUGUUUUGAAAGAGGAGGGCGUCAUGUUUGCAUUACGGUGCAAGUUACUCAAGGAUGCCCCUGAAGAGGGUCUUGUGAGGGUGAGAGACCAUGUCAUUGUGGUGGGAGAGGUGGUAGAGAUGGUGAAAGUUGAAGAAGCAGAGGAUGAGAAUUUUGGACUUGUGUAUGCGGACAGGAGAUAUAGACAGGUUGGAGGAGUGUUGGAGAUGUAA